ACCUAUCGAUAUUUAUUUAUAACAUGUUUAUCGCAAUUAUAUAGUGUAAAAGACAUUUUUUAUAAAAUCUUACGCUUGAAAAAGAAAGUUAGCAAAAUGACGAUGCGACCGGAUGAUCACCGAAGAAAAUGGAACAAAAACGAGUACGAAAAGUUGGCACAAGAGCGCCUGCUUAACCAAGCAGCGCCAAAGGACGAAGAGCCCGUGCAGCGCGAGAAUCUGAAGAGACGCGACUAUAAGGUUGACCUGGACAGUAAGUUGGGCAAAAGCGUCGUGAUAAACAAAAACACACCUACCUCACAAUCUGGCGGCUACUACUGUAAUGUUUGCGACUGUGUCGUCAAGGAUUCAAUUAACUUUCUGGAUCACAUCAAUGGAAAGAAGCAUCAGCGUAAUCUGGGCAUGUCCAUGAAAGUGGAGCGCAGCACCGUUGACCAGGUGAAAGAUCGCUUUCAGCAGAACAAGCAAAAAAUGGCCGAAAAACAAAAAGACUAUGAACUGGAGAAGAGACUACGCGAGGCCAAGGAGGAGGAGGAACGCUACAAGGAGCAUCGGAAGGAGAAGCGAAAAGAACGGAAACGUAAAGCCGAGGAUAAUGAUGAAUUUGCAACGACUGGUCUGCCCGACGAUAUGGCUGCUAUAAUGGGCUUCUCUGGAUUUGGCGGAUCAAAGAAAAAUUCAUAGGAAACGAUUGAUAUGUUGACCUCAAUAGAAUAUAGAAUAUAUAUAAAAAGAGAGAUUUUCCACCAACGAAGCCAUUUAUUGGGCUAAUCGCUAUGACUGUGAUUGGUUUGCGACAUUUAUUUCAUUUUAUAUAUAUUAUAUUAUAUGUAUAUGUACUCGUGUGUGAAUAUGUAUAAGACAAUUUUACACCAGUUAUUUAUUGUAUUGUACAACAGGGCUUUGACCAAGUUAAUAAUUUAAUAAGCAGUUAAAAUGCACUAAUUCUUAAACUAAAUAUUGUGGACCCCCGAAAAAAAAACACUCGAAUACCAUAGUUUUUUUUUGUGACUGCCAAAAACAAUAAAUGCGUAGGGUCUUAAGUAAAUACAAAGCCAUGUUCGAUGGGUAUGUCCCAUGGAAUGGUGAAGAACUCGCCCGGCAGCUGAGUGCAAUGCGACGAAUUGUAAUCGCGUAAAUGCUUGCGCAGC